CGAACCAUGAACUAUCUGGAGGGGCAGUGAAGAUGGAGGCGCUCAGCAGACUGAAGCAGUUUGACGCUUAUCCUAAAACGCUGGAAGAUUUCAGGGUGAAAACAUGCGGCGGAGCAACGGUGACUAUUAUCAGCGGGCUGAUCAUGCUGAUCCUCUUCUUCUCUGAGCUUCAGUACUACCUCACUAAGGAAGUUUACCCAGAGUUAUAUGUGGACACAUCCAGAGGAGACAAGCUGAAGAUAAAUAUCGACGUCCUCUUCCCCCACAUGCCAUGUGCUUAUCUGAGCAUCGAUGCAAUGGACGUGGCUGGAGAGCAGCAGCUGGAUGUUGAGCACAACCUGUUUAAACAGAGACUGGACAAGGAAGGAAACCCAGUGACUCCAGAGGGAGAGAAGCACGAGCUGGGAAAGGAGGAGCCCGAAGCUUUUGAUCCAAGCAAACUGGACCCCAAUCGCUGUGAGAGCUGCUACGGAGCUGAGACUGAAGAUCUCAGGUGCUGUAACUCUUGUGAUGAUGUGAGAGAAGGCUACCGGAGGAGAGGGUGGGCCUUUAAAAACCCAGACACCAUCGAGCAGUGCAAGAGGGAGGGCUUCAGCCAGAAGAUGCAGGACCAGAAGAAUGAAGGCUGCAAGCUCUAUGGAUUCUUGGAGGUCAACAAGGUGGCUGGAAACUUUCAUUUUGCACCAGGAAAAAGCUUUCAGCAAUCCCACGUACACGUACACGCUGUGGAGAUUCAUGACCUGCAGAGCUUUGGACUGGAUAAUAUAAACAUGACUCAUUUCAUCAGACACUUGUCGUUCGGUGAGGAUUACCCAGGAAUCGUGAAUCCUCUGGAUGGAACUAAUGUAGCUGCAGAGCACGUUUCCAUGAUGUACCAGUACUUUGUGAAAAUCGUCCCGACAAUAUACAUGAAAGCUGAUGGCGAGAUGGUGAAAACGAACCAGUUCUCAGUGACGAGGCACGAGAAAAGAGCCAGUGGUCUGGUGGGAGACCAGGGCCUGCCAGGGGUCUUCGUGCUGUAUGAACUGUCUCCCAUGAUGGUGAGAUUCACAGAGAGGCAGAGGUCGUUCACACAUUUUCUCACAGGUGUGUGUGCCAUCGUUGGAGGAGUGUUUACAGUGGCGGGACUCGUAGACUCUCUGAUCUACCACUCUGCGAGAGCCAUUCAGAAGAAGAUCGAACUGGGGAAAGCAUCGUAGUGCAACCAACAGGACUGGAGAUAAAUGGACAUCGCUCACAGGAGACAGACUAGAGAGGAGUUCGAGCGAUGAAAGCAGGAUCUAACUUCAGGAUUAAAAAUCAUUUCUAAGACAGCCCCUCCCUGAUGCCCUUCUCUGACUUUGUUUUUUUAAGAUACUGACGACUGAACUGUGAUGUCGCUACAUGCUCUAUAAAAACGUGUAUAUAUCGUUGUCUGUAAGUGAAUAGCACAGAUCACCAUGUGAAUCCUCAAUGUGAGUCUCCUGGAGACAGUCCAGUUAUACAGGAAUGCAAUUCAAAGUUUAGCAAUAAAUGCCUCUGCAGCAGAGGGACCAGCCAGGUAAUUGAGAGUUUCACUGCUGCUACCAAACACGGACACUAGCGUGAUCUAAACCAGGUCCCUUUGUGAAAGACAAGCGCAAGAAUCUGGCUGGUAAGGUCUGGUGUGAAGCUGAAUAAACGCUUGGAAGUCGGAAGGU